AUAGAAUGGUCUGAAGAUGACAAGCUGGAUCCUAACUCGAAAAUCCCAGCAGGAACCACCAUAGGUGUGUACUUCUCGAUAAACGAUAAACUCUGUUGUAUUAGACAAUUUUCUUGGUUGCUACGCAGUUUCAAUUUGAAAAUUAAAGCUGACAGAAAAAAAUAAACGAUCUGCGGUGUCGGACUCACUCUGAGUUCAGUUCAACGGUUAGGAAAAGGCGAUUGAAAAUUAAUAUACGUAGGUCAGGUUUGAAAUGUCCUAAAUCAUUAAUUUUUCUCAGUCCUAAAGUAAUUAGAACCGCUAACUUCCCCAACGAUAGCCUGCGUCGAGAUCCCUGAUAUACACUACACGUAUAUCACGUUUUAAAGUCUAGGUGUCGACUAGCAUGUCUGGCUGCAAUUCAGGCUACAACAAUGAGUGAUUAAUUUAUUCUUGGCAUUAUAUUAUAUGCUUAUUUAUAUGGUCUCAGCCUUUUUUUUUUUAAGAAAGUUGCUUUUUGGCGACCAAUAUUUGGAAAAAAAUUAGGGGAAAAAUUCGGUCGGAAAAAAAUGAGGGGUGGGGUUGUGUGGGGUGGGGAGGGGAGGCGGAUCAAUAAAACAGGAUACAAUGUCUUACCUUUCUUGAACAUGUUGAAUGUAUCACUGCAUUGUUUUGACAAGCAGAACUGAAGCAGUUUUGCCCUCUUCCCAAAGUAAUACUUGCUGUUGUUGUUGUUUGGUUUGGUUUGUUUGUGUAUUUUUUUUCUUUUUCGCAAAGUUGAUUGCAACACUGCCGUUCGUCUUGUCUUUUAAAUUUCCUAUGUAUACUAGCUCCUUUGGACGAUGUUGUGGCGUCUCGCUUUCCUUAUGUUUCUACGUACGUCAAUUGGUUUGCAUAAUGUUAGUCUUCCUCUUCUUUAAGUUUCUCUCUGUGUUAGUUAGGCCUAGGCCAAACGUCGAACCACUUCAGUGGAUUCCGUCAACAGUCCCAGAAGUUAGAACUGCUGUACAAAACUUCAUUAUUCUCUUCGGGGGUACGUGUAGGUGUGAACGGGUUGAUACUUGUUUCACUGUAUCACUUUUCGAGGAAUAUAGCUUGCUGUGAGCCCUGGUGGCUUCACUGCCAUCUCAGAAACUUAGUGGCAACUUAAACGGUGUAUUUUCCAUUUCUUAAUCAGGUGCCAUGAAAGUGGACAUUUUAAACGGAAAGGGUGAAUCUAUGAACAAACUGCCUGGUGACAGAAGAAGAUUGUUGGUAGAGUUAAAGGUCAUUUGGCAUGGUAAGAGAUAAAUGCUUUACAUUGUAAGGAGAAGCACAUGAUUUGUGACGGUCUCGUAGUAUGCAUUGCUGGCUGCUCGUAGCAAUAAGCUUUCAUCUUUUUUUUAAUCAAGUGUUGACAAAACGUUAGGUCUCCAUUGGCACAAAAUACCUCUCUCAAGAGUUAAGAAAUUCGUGUUUGCACUUGGUACUUGUGAGUACGAGGACGAUAUUUAAUUUUAAGUUUUCUCGCCUAUUCUCUAAAAAUAGACACCCCAGAAAGCUUCGUUGUACUCAGUUUUUUCAUGACAAAAGUUAAUCAAGUGUUGACAAAACGUUAGGUCUCCAUUUGCACAAAAUACCUCUCUCAAGAGUUAAGAAAUUCGUGUUUGCACUUGUUACUUGUGAGUACGAGGACGACAUUUAAUUUUAAGUUUUCUCGCCUAUUCUCUAAAAAUAAACACCCCGAAAAGCUUCGUUGUACUCAGUUUUUUCAUCACAAAAGUUAGCACGCUUAGUUCCGUUGAAGAAGUUAAAGCCCUCUCCCGACGGCUAACGAUAAAAUUCCUAAAAUUUGAUAACCUGUUUUCGUCACAACGACAUUCGCGCUUAAACUCGUGGUAGAAUGACGAUGACUAUCACAGUUUCCCGCCAAAUUGACUUUGGUUCACGUGUACGCUAUACUUACUAUUGGGAAAAUCUCGUUCUUGUAGUCGUCCUCAUCUUAGAAUCUAAAGCUCUGUAUUUUGAUCUUAUAAGGAUCGUUAUUGUUAUUUAUUUACGUAUUUUUUGCAGGAAGUGACAAAGAUGGAGACAAAGUAAUCACUAAUCAUGUCUGUCAACAUGGAGGAAAGAGCUGGCCAUACUGGUUCAGAAAAAUGGGUUACUGAGCUAGUCUGCUGCUAUCAGCUGUGCUAUGAGACUUAGUGGAUAAGGCUAUCCAAUGAUUAAACAACUGGGGCCAGUUGAAAACAGUGUGUGGAUUUACCUGUUCUUGCUGUUGUUUCAGAAAAUAUUACCCUGCUUGGCCCACAUACUCUUCAGCUUCAAGCGUUACUGAGUGACAGUUCAACUGCGCCAUCAGUUAAGAGUCUUCCAGUCCAUCGUAUCAAGUUUACUGUUACAGGUUUGUAAAAAAUGACCAGCCAGGGACAAUUUUAGGUUACAUUUACACUAGAUGUGACUUUUUUGGAUUCGUGACGAUUCCGAAAAAAUUUGGUUACAGAUUCACUUUGUCGUAACACGCGUAACACUGUGAAUCCGAAAUAAAAACGUCCCGAAAAUUUUGAAUCCGAAAAGUUUACAUUAUGAAAAGAAUGUUUGAUAAAUAAUUUGCAAGUUAGCUCAAGUGAUAAAAGAGUUCAAAAUUUAAGUUUGCCACAGGUGAAACCCUUUAGGUUGGUUUAUCUUUGUAUUAAUAUUGAACUCAACUCCCACAGUAGAUCCACGGGAAAGACUGUCAUGUGGAGAAAUUGAAAAACACACGCUUAAAAUGUUAAAUAACAAAUUAUUGCGGUUUGUCAAUUACUGCGGACGUUACCAUUAUAAUUCUUGUCGUUAUUAACAGCCUCGUCAGAAGUCAUAAAAUUUUCCCUGGCAUUUUCUUUUUAUUGCAAAAACCUUGAAAGGGAACAUUGUAUUUUUGAUCCACCCUGUUAAAAUAACUCGUACAUCUUUUGUUAUCUUGUUCCUUCUUUGUCAUUUCUGUUUAUUUAGAGGCUCAUCCAAACAAAUUCACUGUUGGAAUGUUGGAAACACCUCUUAGAGUUGGAGUUCCUUUCCAGGUAUAUUUUUUUUGUUUCACCCCCUUCUCCACCCCGCUUUUGACAGGAUGUAGCUCCCGUAGGGGGUAGGGGGAGUUCUUCCUAGUAAUAGGUCAAUGGGUAUUUGCCCCUGGAUUGGGUCGCAUUUGGGUAUGUGCCCCCCUAGAUAGGGUCGCGAGGAUGUAGCUCCCAUAGGGGGAGGGUACUUCCUAGAAAUAGACCAGUGGGUAUGUGCCACUGGAUGGGGUCGCAUUUCCACGAUUGGGUUGACUAUAAUUGGGAAUAAUGGUUUUGCAUUUUCAGAAGAGUUACUAGAAUUGGGUCUCAGGUUUUCGGGAUUUUGAGGGAAAAAAUCUUUAUAAGAAGGGGCUUAAAAAUGGGAAGUUGGGAUUGUGAAAAUUACAUUUGCUUAAAAGUGACUAAGAGGAGUUCAUAAUUGGCCACAGAAUGGCCAACAGUUGUGAAAGGGGUUCUAAGAGGCCAGCAACUCAUAAUAAGCAAAAUAUGAUCCAAGUACCCCUAGCAAUAUGUCACUAGAGGGUGGUAUCAAGGUUUAGCUAGUCUGAAAUGGCAAAUAUAACAUACUAUGUUUUCUUGGUGGUUAAGAUUCCACUGAAUUUGCUGGAUGAGUUUGAAAACCCUUCAAAGUUAUCAGAGCAAAAAGCACUCGUGUUAAGUGCAAGGUGAGUGUAUUUUGAUAAAUUUUUAAUGAAACAUGGAUUUGUAACCUUGGUGUUAAAGUCAAUUUUGCCUUCAACAGAAUAAAAUAACUUGUUUAUAUUGUUAGCGGACUGGAGUUGACUCACCAGGGAACAUCAGUGAAGGGAAUCAGCCUGAUCGUUAAGGGUGUGGUUGCCCUUGGUUCUGUACCAUCCCAUGCAGGAAAGGUGAGGGGAUUUUUGGAAAAAAAUCUUGGCCGAUCUGAUUUAAUUUCUCGUAAUAAAAUAGGGUACGACGAUAUCAUCAGUAGCCUUCAUGAUUCAGAAUCUCGAACUUACAUUAAAUUUAUCUGAACAGUUUUUUUUUUUGUUUGCUUGUUGUAAAAGGAGUUUAAUCUAAAGAUCGCCCUACCAGGACUUGAAGAAGGUUCACAGAGCUUGAAGAUCAGGUUACUUCGAGGUACUCUUUUGACGCCAUAUGUAGGUUGAGUUUGUCUUUGGUUCUCUCCCUUGCUCCGAGAGGUUUUUUCUCCGGGUACUCUGGUUUUUACCUCUCCUUAAAGACCUUCACUUUCAAAUUCUAAUUCGGUCUAGAACUCACGGACACGUUUCAACGAGUUCUCAAGAACUCCUAAAUGCUCCGUGGGUAAACAAAUUACAAUUUACAAUUUUCACCAGCAUGUAAAUUUUCCCUAAAAAAAUGACUCCGAGACUGUCUAAAAAGGAUGCCUUCCUUUGGGUUGAUCGGGAUCAGGAUCAGUGAUCUGGCAUCACUCGGAUCAUGCUACAUUAAAUGAAACAAAGAAUCCUUUUCCAGAGUUGAUUUGUCGGUUCCUCAAAUGUGCUAUGGUCCAAGUGAUCACUGAUCCUGAUCCGGCUCACCCCAAUCGAACAAACCCAGCCUCGUUCCCAGUCGUCCUCGGCGAUUUCGGAUGUGACGUCACCUGUCAAGCUUGUCGGGAAAAUUCGCCUAGGACGCCUGGCAAAUAAUGGCAAAUCCAAAAUGGCGGCGUCAAGCCAAGAAUGCGACUUCAGCCAAGAUUCUUGAAGAAAUGAAAAAAAGCGUCGGAAAUAGGUUGGGAUUCUUUAAUCAACGUUUGGCAUCAAAUACAUAGAGAUGUUGGAGAAAUUUCUUUCAAGGAAUCGUUCCGCGUGUACACCUGUUAUUAUCGUAGGUCAGUAAUUUCGAGUUUUAAUUGUAUCAAAAAAUGUGGAUUUAAUUCAGCGCAACAAAUCGUCCCAUCUCAGGAGUGUGUUCCAUUGCCUCUCGGGAACGAGUUAAACCAUGUUGAAGUUCGUGAAAGAUGUGUCAUCGAAUUAGUUCUGUACUCAGCAUAUUAUCUAGCGGAUGAAAAACUUGUUAAUCGAAUCGCAGCACUGCGCGCAUUGCAAUUCAAGAGAGACUUCUAGCUUAGGUGUCGUCCUAAACGAUAGUGGAUCAACUCAUAGACGCUGCUUUCGUCCAUUAAAUAUACAAAACAGAAGUCAUAAAGUGCUGUCAGCCUUUUGAAUACGCCUCAAUGUGGCAGAUACACGCUAUAGGGGCAGUUUACAACAUACUGAGUAACAUCAGGAGCGUUCAAAUAUCCUGAAACGGUAUCAGAUGUAAAACACUUUGUGUCCAUGCUUUUUAGCAUGAACAAAAUUUAAUUCUAUAUCCAAGUUAUCUUCAACCAGUGUAUCUACCCACCAUUUAAAUGAGAUGAUCGUUUGGGGACUGUUGAGACCUUUCAGCCAAGCUUUCUUUCUGAUUCUAUCAAUGUCUGAUUCUAUUGUUGUUGAUGUUGCACGACCCCAUAUCUAUGUUCCACUGUACUACUACCUUAUGUAAACUUAAUCUCAACCAAGGUAGGAUUAGCUCAGUUGGUAGAGUGCUUGACUGCAGAGUGGGAGAUCAGAAGUUCAAUUCCCGGGGUCAGACCAAUACCCAGAAUCUUAAAAUGACUGAGGAAUGAAGGUAUUACCUUUGCCCUGCUGCAAAUGAUUAGACCUUUGCGUGGCUCGGAUGCAUGACCACGUAAAAUGGCGGUAGUAGAAGUAAAAAUAGUGUCCCCAAUUAUUACUUUCAUGCUGAAUACAUUGACACUCAAAUUAAGUGCUUUCCUUUUUUUAUCUCGAACCACUUUCGCAGCAGUGGUCUUCCAGUGAGUCAUAAUUUUAAAAAGAAUAUUACAUGAGUUUUUGGUGCUAUUUUCAAAAUAGACAAUAUUAGAAUGUUCUGCAUAAACUGGGAGCUGCAAGAUACAAGUUCAAGGCACUAGGGUAUUAUAAAAGGAAAAGAGCAUAUUCAAACAGCUGAAAAUGGCAUGUAGCUGGUCCAGCCAAUGGUACCAUUAUGGCAUCAAAUUAAGUGGAAAAAGGUCUUAAGUUGGUCUUGAAGUUGUUUUCCCAACCCAUUCCCACAACAAGCUUUACAAGACAAGAAAAAGUUGUUAUCAGGCUUAAAAAAUUUCUCUCAACAAAUUUCACAAGUGUUCAGAACUAUGGCUUGUUAGGAAAUCAAUCUAAUUUCCUUAUAAAAUCAAUAAAGUUUUGUUUGAUGAAAUCUAAGAAAUUCAAUAUUAAACAUCACGGUUUCAUAUUUUUAUUUUCAUUUCAAGUUUUCUUCAGCUGAAUUACAUUUUCCUUUUGCUCCUGUAUCCUUUGCAUCCCCAGUGUCGUCUAUUACAUGCUCUCCUUUCAUCCCCUUUAAAACUUUCUGAAUAUUAUUGUAAAGGAAGGUAAAAAAAUAGACAAUAUAUAAUAAAAAACUAAACAUUUGAUGUACAAUACCUUGCUCAGAAAUUAUGCCUGUCAGGCAGGUAAAUUAAGAUUAAGUGUCAACUAUCCAAAAUUUUCCCAUCUCUAAAAUUGCAACCUCCUUCAGAGUGAUUUUACUUAACGCAUGAAACAGGAAGUAGAAUACUAAGCACUAUUAUGCACUAAUUCUAUUGUCUUCUUUUGUUUAUUUGUAGCUAUAUUUUGCACUAGUCGUUACUAAAUGUUUCAUGGGUCAAGUAAAAUCGCUCUAAGUCGCAAUCAUAUAAAGGACUGAAUGAUAGAGUCAUAUCAUUAAAAAUCAGGUAAAACUAAGACACCCGAAUAUUACAUGAGUUACUGGUGCUAUUUUCAAAAUCGACUAUGAGAAUGUUCUGCAUGAACUGGGAGCUGUAAGGUACAAGUUCCAGGUACUAGGUUAUUAUAAAAAGCAAAAAGCAUAUUCAAACAGCUGAAAUUGGCAUGUAGUGUUUUUUUUUUGGCUUUUCGCGCGAAACCGAGUAAAUGAUUCUCGUGAUUUUUUCCUACCAACGAUUCGAACAACAAAGGAAAAAUAAGCCCACUAUAGCCCUGUAACUAGGAAAUCAACGCCCAUUUUUUUCAAUGAAAAUGAAGCCUUUGAUACUAGUGUACAUAAAGUGUACAGUGAUCGUCCCAUGCCCAACUACGAAGAAACUUUUUUCUAGCUUCGUGUAGCGAACAAGACUGUAAACAUUAACUUACCAGUGUUUUUGGGAAAACAUGCCCGCCACACUUCGUUGCUAUCAGUUGAAACGGUCCAAAGAUGCUCGGAAGAGAUGUAUUAAUCUCGUGAGUCCCAAAUAGUCCGUGAUCGUCGCAGAAAACAAAGGAUUUUCGUUGAGAAAUUAUCUGGGACUUUUUCUCGUCGAUCUGGGACUUUUUUGCCAUUUUUUGCCAGGCCUCGCGCUAUCGCGCUCGGUUCCAAGCCUCCUCUGGUCACUCGGAUAGCGCGAACAGGCCUGGGUACGAGGCUGGAACAAACCUUAAAAUGCAACUUAGCUGUAGGGUUUUAAUGCUAUUAAAUCAUAUUUAAUGUAGUUGACGACUAGGAGCUAUGGUGUCUAGUGUUUUUGGCGUUUUUGGUGGCGUGUUGGCUGUCUGUAGCGCUGUGGCGUGAAGAUGUUUGCGUUUGUAGUGUUAACCAUUGUUCGUGAGCGUGGCGGCUGAUUCCUGUCCAGCGGUAUGUUGUUUUGGCGCAUGCGCAGGCCAUGUGCCUACGUUUAGCGUGGCGUGGCGUUCUAGUAGCAUAGCGUUUCUCUUCCCUCCCUCCGCUUUCUUGGUUUAGGGUCUCGCCCUCCGUCCUGGGUUUUUUUUCUUCGUUUCGGAGGUUUGUUCAUUUUACUUCCACUGGGCUUCUGGCCUCAGUGUGACGGGUGCCAUAGUGGGGGGCUGGGCGCGGGGGGCUCGUGGCUGGGUUGCGGGUUGGUAGGCCUGUGGGUGUUCUUCAUCCUUGGGGUGUGAGCGGUUACAGCCCCCUGGCCCAAGUUAAGGGCACCCAACCUCCACUUGUGACGCGAGCGUUGACUGAGACGUGCACGCCCCCUUCUCACUCCAAUUUUUGACGCUCUUUAGCCUGUUUCUGUUUACUGAAUCACGUUUUAUGCUGCAGGGCCACCAGAUUCCCUUGCGGUCACACCAAAUGACAGUGAGGUUACCAUUGAAAACAACAGUGCCCUGCAGCUACAAGUGCAGGUCCAGGGCAAAGCAGGAAAGCUAACAGUUCAACCAAGGCUUAAUGUUGUUUGU